CCAUGCUCGAGUCCUGCAGCUGAUGCAGUCUACAAAGAUAGUGUAACAAGAAGUACGGAUAGGUUGAAUAUGCAUUAAGUGUGCUCAAGUUACAACCCUGCAUCAUGGAGCAAGACAACCCAUUUCUGGCCUUGUUUGAGAGCCCAGCGAGUGCCAAGGUCUCUUCCAAGCAACCCCUACCCGCCUCAUUGGUUUCAUUGAAGCCAUUGAUCCACGAGUUUCUAGGUUUUACUUGGGAUCCAUCACAAGUAGGUCUCAUUCUCAUCGAGAGCUCGAAUCAAUCUCAUGAUGAUGAUAUAACCUUACCCACGCUCGAGAAUGCUCUAUUCGAAAGACUGCUGCUUUCCGACCCAAUCAGUCAACAAAUCCCUGCGGUGGAUCCGAAGAAGGCGUGGAAUGGUCCGGGAUAUUUCAAAGAGUCGAGAUGUAUGAGCUAUCUGGGUGGGUGUCUUCGACCAAUCAUUCAAGGUCUUCGAUCAUCACGACCGAGCGCAGACCAAUCACUGAUGAAAUCCUUACGGGAUUUAGUCGUGAGGAACAUGAUCACGGCCUUUCUAGAACCGGACAUCUAUCAGGGACAGGAUCUCUACGGCCAAGUCUUCGAAUUGCUUUCCGAUCACGCUUAUCAGAGUGAGAAUGGGGUCUUCUUGGAAUUAUUAAUCUCGGGUAUUGUGGCCGAGUCUAGGCCACACGCAGAGAAUUUGGUCAAAUAUUUAGUGGAUCGGAUUCGCCAGGAUUUUGAAAAGGGAAGCUUUAUGACCCUUUCUGAAGCCGAUUGGUUACAUCGGAUUCGCCAGGAUUUUGAAAAGGGAAGCUUUAUGACCCUUUCUGAAGCCGAUUGGUUAAUUUUGGGAUACUUCGCCACGUCCGCUUUGCCGGCCGAGUUAUUUAUUCAGUGUGACACGCCAGCAAACUUGAAUGCGGGCUCAGCAUACGGUGAUACGGCCCUAGGAGUAUUACUAACCAUGUCAUGUUUGCCCAAGUUCGAGAUACAACCAUACGAUUUCUUUGAAAGCCCUUCCAACCAAACUCCGGCUGUACAUUCGGCAACCGAAGCUCGCAUUUGGACCGGACUACAGAAUCAUCGAGACAAAUUGACGGUGCUAUUCAAGCAAUUUCUUAAGGCCAGUGAUAAGGCCAAGCAUUUAUUAUUGGAAUGGAUUGGUAAUUGCCUUAAAGCCAAUGUUGGGCGUGGUAAAUUAUGGACAUCAGCAGUCGGAGGCCUUUUAGGCAAUGAUUAUGUGUCUGAUGGCUUUGCGCUAAAUCUUGGCGGUGUUCUCCUCCGGUUGUGUGAGCCAUUUGUUAGUGGUGUGAAAAAUCCUCGGAUUUUGAAAAUUCGGCCCAAUUACACUGCGACCCAAGUUCAAAACGACCCAAGUGUGCACAUGAAAGGACUACAUGAAGAAACCACACUCGUUCCCAACUCCGAGGAAUCUUUAAACCCUAUGAUUGACCAAGAAGCGAGCAUGAACUUCAUUUCGGAUAUCUUCUUCUUGACGCAAAAAUGUCUGAACGUUGGCUUUCGAGUGGCUCAAGAGAAGUUUAUGAAGUUGAAUCAAGAAUUGAACCGCCAUCAAACUCUCUACCGAGAAGUGAUAGGCUCUAACCGAGAGGCUGUAGAGACUAUCCAAAAACGUAUGAAUGUCAUUAUGACAAGAUAUUUGAGCAUCAAGGCGGCGCUCUUGGAGCCCAAUACCCUAAAAGCUCAUAUGGAUUUGACCACGGCUACAAGCGCAUUUCUCGUUCAAGUGGCCAUGAGCGAGGGCCAGCUGAUCAACUCGGAAAAGUUCAUUCCUUUAUCAUUCCCACUACCAAAACACAUUCCUUUGGGGUUGAAAUUCAUUCCGGAGUUUGUGAUGGAAAACAUUUGCGAACACAUGCUUUAUGUCAAAAGGUUCAACCCGUAUCAUUUCGAGGAGGCCGGUUAUGAGAACCUCUAUUCUACUCUCGAGUUGAUCCUUGCAUUCACGGGAUCGCCCACUUGGACCAAAAACCCGCAUCUGCGGGCGCGUUUGGCCGAAUGUUUGGAUUGUCUUUUGCCUCAUCAUGCCUUACAAGAAAAAAAUCUAGGGAAUUCGAUGGCUUGUGGAUCUUUCCAUAGACAACAAGUUUUUAUGGCACAUCCGCUGAGAUUACAAAUUGUGCCUACCUUAUUGCAUGUGUUCGUGUCCAUAGAAACGACGGGACAAGCUGUGCAAUUCGAGGAGAAGUUUUCAUACCGACGUCCCAUGUACGAUGUGAUCAAGUACCUCUGGGACAUGGAAGAGUAUCGAGACAUGUUUGUUUCCUUGGCCAAAUCCGCCGAAGAGCAUAUUGACGACGAGGAAGCACCUCUGUUCCUACGAUUUAUGAACUUGCUCAUCAACGACGCGAUAUUCCUCUUGGAUGAGGGUUUGGAUUUGAUGAAACAAAUUCAAGAGAUGCAAUCCAAGCGUGCAGAAUGGCAAUCAUUACCUGCAAAUGAGCGAGGUCAAUCGGAAGCUCAAUAUCGUCAUGUUGGCCGAAUGGCUCGAUAUCAAAACAUCAUGGGAAUGGAGACCAUUGAGAUGCUGGAGAGAUUGUCCAGUCACAUCAAGGCCAUUUUCACGCAUCCUUCUAUGGUGGAUCGUUUAGGGGGCAUGCUAAAUUAUUUCCUUAAAAAUCUGGUGGGUCCCGAUCGGAAGAAGUUCAAAGUGGAUAAAGUUGAAGAAUACGACUUCAGACCGGCUGAUAUUGUCACCACCAUCUGCAAAACCUACAUCAAUCUCAAAGAUUGUGAAGUGUUUCUGGCUGCGGUGUCUGCAGAUGGUCGCUCUUAUUCGCCUGACCUUUUCAAGCAAGCCGAAGGCGUUCUGUUGAAGAUUGGCAAAAUGGAUAUGAUCGCUGACCUCCAGGAGAUUGAUACCUCCGUUUGCAACUUAGCAGCCUCUCAAAAAGCCGACGAUGAAUUGUUUGCCGAUGCUCCGGAUCACUUUCUGGAUCCCAUCAUGUCGAUUCUAAUGAACGAUCCGGUCAAGCUUCCCGACUCCGGGCAGAUCGUGGACCGACAAACCAUCGCUCGACAUUUGUUGUCUGACCAAAGCGACCCGUUCAACCGGAUGCCUCUGACGCUGGACAAAGUGAUUCCACAGACGGAAUUGAAACAAGAGAUUCAGAAUUGGGUGGCAACCAAGAGAAAAACAACAACGUCAUCCUGAAGGUGAAGGACAAUCUUGUAAACUCUCGACCGAUAAAAUUGCAUUUUCAGUUAGUGUUGAAAUAUUAAAGGCAACGUUAUUCAAUGGGAAA